GGAGAUUGCAGCUUAGGGAAAAUCAAAAUAUUGAACGCCGUGGCCGGAGAUUGCAGCUCCGUUUCCGGAAUUUGAGACCUGUAAUAAACAACCUUCCUACAUUUUCAGAAACAAAUAAAAAAUGGGCGCGGGAGGCAGAAUGGCCGAACCGAAAGACAUUCAACGGGUCCCGUUUGCCAAACCGCCUUUCACCUUAAGCGAGAUCAAGAGGGCGAUCCCGCCCCAUUGUUUCAAACGGUCGGUGGCCCGCUCGUUCUCAUAUGUCGCCUAUGACCUCAUCAUUGCCUCACUCCUCUACUACGCCGCAACCAAUUACUUCCAUCUCCUCCCUCACCCACUCCCUUACUUGGCGUGGCCCCUUUACUGGAUCUGCCAGGGCUGCGUGCUCACUGGGGUGUGGGUGAUCGCGCACGAAUGCGGCCACCAUGCCUUCAGUGACUACCAGUGGCUUGACGACACUGUUGGAGUUAUCCUCCACUCGGCUCUCUUAGUUCCGUACUUCUCAUGGAAAUACAGCCACCGUCGCCACCACUCCAACACCGGGUCCCUCGACAGGGAUGAGGUCUUUGUCCCUAAACAGAAAUCCGCCCUCGGCCCACUCACCAAGAUCCUCAACAACCCGCCCGGUAGAGCCUUCACUCUCCUCUUCCAACUCACCUUCGGAUGGCCACUCUACCUGAUGUUCAACGUCUCCGGUCGCCCGUACCCCCGGUUUGCAUGCCACUACGACCCAUACGGCCCCAUAUACUCGGACCGGGAGAGGCUCCAAAUCUUCGUCUCCGACAUCGGGAUCUUCAUCGUCACCUACAUUCUCUACACGCUAGCGGCAACCAAAGGGCUAGCGUGGGUCAUCUGCGUCUACGGGUGCCCGUUGGUCGUCGUGAACGGAUUCCUUGUGUUGAUCACCUACUUGCAGCACACCCACCCCGCGUUGCCGCAUUACGACUCCACGGAGUGGGACUGGCUAAGGGGUGCCCUAUCGACGGUGGACAGGGACUACGGGAUCCUAAACAAGGUGUUCCACAACAUCACAGACACACACGUGGCGCACCACCUCUUUUCCACCAUGCCCCACUAUCACGCAAUGGAGGCGACAAAGGCGAUCAAGCCGAUACUCGGGGAGUACUAUCGGUUCGACGACACACCGGUGUUCGCGGCGAUGUUUAGGGAAGCCAAGGAGUGCAUUUAUGUGGAGACAGAUGGAGGGGGCAAGAACAAGGGUGUUUUCUGGUACAAAAAUGAGCUCUGAAAAUGUUCAGAAAACAUCUUUGUUGUUGUGUGGGAAUGUGUUGGUUGGAGCCCAUUGGGCUUUCCUCGUGUCGGUCCGUAUUGAGUCUGGGUCAUAUGCUCAUUUAAUGGGCUUCUUUUGUCGUUGUGAUAAAACUUGCUUGUGUCA